AUGCAGGUGGAAGACUUCGAUCAUGAAGUGGCAGGAAGCUCUCAGGCCGAGGCCAUGAUGGCCACCGUUCGUCGUACAGCACCCCAGCUUCUUCAGCGGCUCCAGCAAGGACUCUCUACUCUGGAGCUGGUCUCCAUACCACAUUCAACAUGGCCUCUUCCUCGUACCAAAGUACUACGCCAAUACGACGCCAAGCAUCCUUUGAGAAUUUCAAUACUGGAUUCGUCAUUCAACCCUCCAACUCUUGCCCAUCUUGCUCUAGCAAACUCGCGGCGUUCUCAAGGCACGAAUACGAAUAAUGGAAACGGGGAAACUCCUUCCUACGAUGCAAAACUCUUGCUACUAUCUGUCAAGAACGCAGACAAGACUCUCAAACCAGGGGACGCGACAUACGAACAACGACUCGAAAUGAUGACCCUGCUUGCGUCAAGUGUGACGAGAGACGCUGAGCAACCAUCGACUCGACCUACGCCAUUGCAAGACGCAAAUGUCGCUAUAGCUAUCAUCGACGAACCGACAUUUGUAGGAAAGUCAGACGCAUUGCUAGCCUUUCUUCAACACAGAUUUGCUUCAAUCCCUCCACCGACUCCCACACCAGAGGGCAUAGAACUUACGUUCUUGGUUGGUCACGAUACUCUCGAACGCCUGUUCUCCCGACGUUAUUAUUCCUCUGAAGAGGCUAUGAUGGCGUCGCUGCGUAAAUUCUUAUCCCCAGCCCCGGAAGGCGACAACUCGCGCAUCGUAAGCGCACGGAGAGACAUUGCAUCUCAGUCAUUAGGAGAAGACACCAUGUCUCUUGCCAAAGAAUUCAUUGACUCUGGAAAAAUUGCCACCAUUGAUUUAGGCGAUGAAAUUAGUAAAUACAGCUCGACGACGGUCCGUCGUUCCCUUGGAAGCCUGGGAUGGGGCCACGACAGUCUUUGGCGUAAACUGGUUACAGGAGACGUCGCAGAUUACAUUGUUGCACAGCACUUAUACGAAGUGCAGUCAUGA